AUGUCCGAGGAAGGCUCCGACCAUGAUGAACGCCGUGCUACUACUCAACAUGCUGAAAAUAGUAACGAAACAGAGUUAAGUACGGACGGGGCUAUUUCGCUUUUUACGUCAGCUUUAAACAAUGCUUUAGAGAAGCAAAAACAUUCCUUGAUUAAUCAUUUCGAAGCUCGUUUAGGAAAAAGUGUUAAAGCAACCGGUGUCGAUCAACCAGAAUUUGUAUUCCAUAGUGAGGGAAUUAAAGUGCAAUAUUCGUUUAAUACCGAGCGUCUGGAGAGGCUUGCUGCCGUUGAAAGUUGUAUAAAGCUUGGAAACGCUUCCGAAGUUAGUGAAAUCAUUUCCCAGGAAAAGGAAAUCAUCCGUAAGCGUAACAAAAUUCUAAAGAUAGCCGACAAGCAUGGAUGGGACACGGUUAAAGAAUACUUGGAUAGUCCGUUGGCCGACAAUAAAGAAGAUGCUAGUGAUUUGCGUGCUGCUAUUUCCAGGGCUUCUCGUAAAAGAAGUUCCAAGCCGUACAGUAAACCAGAAUCUUCCAAUAGUGGUUCCAGAAAAGGAGAAUUCAAUUCUAGGAGUUUUUUUUUCGUGGCCUUGGCCAAGUCAGUGAUACCGAGUUCUCCAAAGCAGGCAAGUCAGAAAGUUACAAGUGUUUCUAUUGUAACCAGCCCGGGCACUUUGCAAGGAACUGCCCCGAAAAAAGGAUUCCUACAGCGACAGUUGGUGCAACAAAGUUCCAGGAACAGAACACAGGAAAGACCCAGUAACAAAACAGAUACAGACAUAGAUGAAGUUGAGUAUUGUUUUCAAUUUGUUAACAAGUAUGAGAAAAAAUCUGGUCAAAAUCUUAUAAAUGUGAAAGGAAAUUUAAGAAAACAUGCAUUGUUUUGGAAAAAUGUACUUAACGCUAAUGAUUUUAUUAUGAAUGUUAUUAAUUUUGGUUAUAGAAUUCCUUUUCUGAGUGAACCACCGACUAUUUUUCUAAGUAAUAAUAGAUCCGCGUUAAAACACUCAGAAUUUGUAGAAAAUUCUAUUGAAGAACUUUUAACUAAAGAAUGUAUAAAAGAAGUAAAUCGACCAUUUGUCGUUAAUCCACUUACUGUGUCGGUAAAUAGUACGGGUAAAGAAAGAUUAGUCUUAGAUUUGAGACAUGUUAAUAAAUUUGUCGAGAAACAAAAAGUUAAAUUUGAAGGGGUUAAAGAAGCUAUGACAUUUGUAAAUUUUAGCGGUUUUGGAUUUAAAUUUGAUUUAAAGUCUGGUUAUCACCAUAUAGAAAUUCACCCUGAUCAUCAAAAAUAUUUAGGAUUUUCUUGGCAAUAUGGUGAUACAGUGCGUUAUUUUACUUUUUCGGUUUUGCCUUUUGGACUUUCAUCAGCUGGUCAUAUAUUUACCAAGACAGUACGUGUGUUAGUUAAAUACUGGAGAUCUUUAGGAUUUCCCAUGGUGGUUUAUUUAGAUGAUGGUAUGGGUACAGCAGAAAAUUUUGAUACAUGUUUCGAAUUAUCGAAAACAGUAAAAAAUGAUUUACUGCUUUCCGGUUUUAUUGCUAAUACAGAAAAGAGUGUCUGGGAACCAGUACAAAAUAUUGAUUGGUUAGGUUUUGUUUGGAACUUUACAUUGUACUUUAGAAAUAUCGCUUAA